UUCGUGCAGCAUCCAGAAGAGCGAGUGAAAAACUGCUCAAAGUGGGCCGUGGUGUGAUUUUUGGCGAGCUACACGACCCCAAAAUGAGGCCGAGUUGGACGAGAAGCGGUUGAGACAAUGUUUGGGCAGGAUUGCGCUAACAACGGCUGGUAGAAUUAGUAUUACUCCGCAGGCAGUAACCCCAUCCCCAGUACGUGUGUUUUCUUGCGUGCGUGUGAAAUCCGGACGCAGUGCGAGAUCGGAGCAGCGAGCGAUGGCGUUCUCCAACCACGUCGGAGAUAUUGUGCAUCUCAACGUUGGAGGAUCGAGGUUUUCCACCUCGCGCCAAACCCUGACAUGGGUUCCGGAUACGUUCUUCACUUCGCUGCUGAACGGGCGCAUCUCAAGUCUGCGUGAUGAAACGGAUGCCAUCUUCAUCGAUCGUGAUCCGAAGCUGUUCAGCCUGAUUCUGAACUAUCUACGAACGAAGGAGAUCGACAUCCGAUCCGUCGACAUUCGGGUACUGCGUCAUGAGGCCGAGUUCUACAACAUUGCCCCACUGAUCAAACGGUUGAUGCUGUGCGAAGAAAUGGACCAGUCCAGCUGCGGCGAUGUGUUGUUCUACGGAUACCUUCCAGCGCCGAACAUCCCGAUCCAGGAACUUCCGGUAGGCUCAUCCUCUGCUAGCUCGCUAAGCGGUGGAGCGAUGACGACUGGUUCCAAUGUUUCAUCGGGUGCGGCUUCCCAACCCAAGGUGGAACCGCUUGCUGGCCCAUCAGGCCUUGGACAGGUACAUCCACCUCAACCAGGCUCUAGUGUGCAUGGCGCAGUAGCACAGCAGCCACCACAUUCCGCUCUAUCGACCGCCGGUGUAACUGGACCGAAUCCUAGGCCCGGAUCCAUGGUAAGGGUGCCGGAGUUUGCGCAAGGAGUGUCCUCUUCUUCGUCGGGUAGCGGAAAUGGGCCGUCCGGAUCGAGUGGUAGCAACCGACACGCGGGUCACUCGCGAAACUCGUCGUGGGAUAUGCGAGUCUCAUACAACGGAAACGGCAACCGUAAUGCUCAGUGGGCUCCUGGUCACUCGCGCACCGCUUCGCUGGACAUGAUGCGCCAUUCGCGCAACUCUUCCGUUGAUCUCAACAAGUACGUCCGGAACGAGGUAGGGCUGGUGUUUGGCCCGGGUGCCGGUACCGGAGCGGGCUGGGCUGAUCCGAUGCGAGUGCAGAUCAUCAAGGCCCAUCACAACUGGAUCUCGGUCGCGUAUGCCCAUUUCGUCACGUGUUAUCGGCUGAAGGAUUACUCCGGCUGGCAGCAGAUUUUCGUUUCGCCGUACAUCGAGUCGACGAUCGAGCGAAUUGCCAUCAAUGCCAAGAUGAACCUGGCCACAUCUGCCGGCGAACAGUCGCACAGCAAGAUGGUCGCAAUCUCUUACGGCAGCCAGAUCCGGCUGUGGGGAAUCUCGGAGGAUGGUAGCAAGAUGGAGGUCGGCACCUUCAAUCUGCACGUACGCGUCGAGUAUCUGUUCUUCAUUGGCAGCCAGCUGGUGGCGCUUUCGUCGUCCGGCAAGAUUGGUGUCUGGCACGCGAUGACCCAGCACUGGCAAAUUCAGGAUCUCGUUCCGAUACUUUCCUUCGAUACGGCCGGCUCAUUCUUACUGCUGGGCUGUAACAAUGGCUCGAUCUACUAUAUCGAUAUGCAAAAGUUCCCGUUACGCAUGAAGGACAAUGAUCUGCUGGUCACUGAGCUGUACAAGGAUCCAUCCAACGAUCACAUUACAGCAAUAUCGGUUUACCUGACGCCCAAAACGACAAGUCUCUCUGGCAAUUGGAUCGAAAUUGCUUACGGUACACGUUCCGGUUCGGUGCGGGUCAUCGUGCAGCACCCGGAAACGGUGGGGCACGGGCCACAGCUGUUCCAAACGUUCACCGUGCACCAGAGCCCGGUGACGAAGGUGACGCUGUCGGAAAAGUUUCUCAUCUCGGUGUGCAGCGAAUAUAAUCACGUGCGCACUUGGCAAGUACCAAGAUUUCGUGGUAUGAUAUCCACUCAACCCGGAUCAACGCCUGAGGCAUCGUUUAAGAUUGUUUCACUGGAAGCCGUGGAUUCGACGUACAGCUACUCGGCUGGUAACGAUUUCGGACCAUUCGGAGAGCAGGAUGAUGAGCAAAUCUUCGUGCAGAAGGUGGUUCCUGAUACCGAUCAGCUUUACGUGCGGCUUGCCUCCAACGGUGAACGCAUCUGUCUGAUCCGGUCAGUGGAUGGCACGACGAUCACGUCGUUCUGCGUUCACGAAUGCGAGGGCUCAUCCCGGAUGGGCUCGCGGCCACGACGCUUUAUUCUAUCGGGACACUGUAAUGGUGCCAUUCAGAUGUGGGAUCUUACGACGGCGCUCGAGAUAUCGAAGAGAAAGGAUCAACCGAAACGAAGCCUGGGAGGCCCGUCAGCAGAUGAGCUCAUCCGGGAACUGGAUCAGUGUGAUCUGAGCAAUAGCCACUGCUCCACGCCUUGCAUGUCUCCCUGUCCUUCGGCACUGUCCGGUUCCGGUAUCGACGCCAGCAACGUAGGGAGAUUGAAACCGUUUAAUGUGGCAUUCUUGAAUCAAUCUGCAGCAGCCGCGGCGUCCGCCACAUCUUCGCAGCCGGUCGCCGGACCAGCGAAUGCGCAACAUGGCCAGGUGGCAGGAGUGGUAGUGGCAGCAGUUGCACCACUAGCAGCAGCCAACCAGCCGGCAGAACAACCCAACUGAUCUUCAUCUCGUCGGCAGAGUGAUAUCUGAAGGUGGUUCCAAUGUUUUUAACCCGAAAAGGAGUUCUAAAGUCAGUUAGAAUACUGACAUUUGGAAACACCCCUUAUAUAUUUCUUUUAAAAGCAAUUCCUUGCCCUGGCCAUUCAGUGUCCUGUGCAUCCGUUCGUUCUCGUUCCGGCCUUCUAUGUGCGAGUUCUUGAGAAAGGCACUCUACGGUCACAGUGAAUGCGUCAAACGCUUAGGCAUAAUUAUCUAGGCAAUAUAUAUUUUAUAUAAAACGAUUUUAUUCAAUUCA